AUGAUACGCCAGAGCGGCCGCCUGAUUCGGCACAUUCCCCAGUCUAUUCCCAGCAGGCUGGGGCGGAGCAGCAGCGCGCGAACAGUGUUGUGCAGGCCCCGGUUUUCUACCCAGGCAUCUCGACGACAAGCCGAUGCGGCCAGAGACUCCCUGCUCAAGAAGAUGGGCGAGAGUGCUGCCACCACUUUUGCUUCCAUCUUCGUCCUCGCCUUCGGAUUUGCUGCUGCCGGCUAUAUUUACCAUAAGAGCUACAAGAUGAUUGUCUUGAAGAAAUUGACUCGCGCCUUUGAGCCAGGUGACCCUGUUCUUGACUUGGCAACUUCUGCCAAGGAAGUGCCUCGAAAGGUGGUCGAUGAGGAGCAUUGGGUUCAGCGCCCGGAACAGGAGUAUGUGGAUGCAAUCAUUGAUGGCACAGAGUCUGGCCAUUACUAUCUCUUUAUGGGAGAGAAAGGCACAGGCAAAAGCAGCAUGCUCAUAGAAGCCAUGCGUAAGACUGAUGGGGAUGGAGUGGCCAUGUUCGAAGCUCAUGCCGAUACUGAAAUCGUAAGAAUCCGUCUCGGCAAAGCACUCGACUACGAGUUUCACGAAGACUACAUUGGAGGAUACUUCAGUGAGCGAGGUCCACGAGAGACCACUGCUCUUCUUGAUAUCGAACGCGCCUUGAACAAGAUGGAAAAGGUGGCUAUGAAACUCCGCAACAAAAGGGGUAAACCUCUUGUUCUCAUUGUGAACCAGCUACAUCUCCUAAGGAACAACGAUGAAGGCAGGGACCUUAUCGAGCUUUUACAACAGCGUGCUGAACAGUGGGCCGCGGCAAGUCUGGUCACCAUGAUAUUUAAUACUGACGACUACUGGGUAUACGAGCGGUUGAAGCUUCUGGCCACCCGUAUGGAUGUUCUUGCCGUUACCGACCUACCCAAGUCUCAAGCCAUCAAUGCUCUGAGGAAAUAUCGCAUGCGAUAUUUUAAAGAAAUCCCAAGCCACCAAGAGCUCGAGGAUGUAUAUGAUCGGAUUGGUGGUCGCUUGAGCUUCCUGAAUCGCGUGGCAAAGAGCAAAGAUAUGAUCAACACGUGCGAGAAGAUUAAGGAGACUGAAAAGAAAUGGUUCCUCAACCAGUGCUGGAUCCUCGGCUCAGAGAUGGACGAUGACGUGAUGGAUCAACAGAAAUGGGCUGCCGCCGCCAUGGUUCUUGCCCUAGCUCUGGUCGAUAAAGAGGAAGAGAUGGACCAGACGUAUGAUCCAGUUGUGGGCCACUUGCUGCCAACGUUUCCUUUCCACAUCGCACAAGAGCUCAUGACUCGAGCGGAUUUCAUCCGAGACCUCGAUAGUUUGAAUCUCUUCACCGUUACGAGCCAGGCCGACGUUCGUGCGAGCAGCGUCCCGAUGCACCUCGCAUUCAAGGAAAUUUGCGCCGAACCUCGGUUCCGGAAGCAUCUCGAAGAUACCAUCCAGAGAAUCUCUGACAUUGAGAGCUUGGGCCGUACCAGAGAGCUGGUUGCCAAGGAUCUAGUCCUUGGUGGUGAAUACAAUAUCGAGACGAGCCGCAAGGGCAUCACGCGACGCAGCGAUUAUAAAGUGAUGGAUAGAGCACAAAAGCAACCGACACCACGGCGACGCUUUCUUUUCUCCCCAUCCACUGCCGGACUGAUGUCUGCCAACACCAAAUGGCCCGAUUUCCAAUUGGCUUCCAAAUUGCGGUAUUUCAUGGGCUCGAGUGCUCCUGAGUCGACCCCCUCGCAAACCACAUCGCCGCAGCUCGCCGCAGCAAGACGCGAGGAAUCUCCAUCCGCCCAGGAUAACGACCACGAGGCGGAAGGCCACACGCUCGCUGCCGCAAUGGCUGCCGAGAUCGAUAAUGAGCCCAUCGAGGAGAUGGGAGGCGUCGAUGACUACGAACACGAAGGCGAUGAUACCGGCGUCGACAUUGACUUUGGCGACCUCGAAAUGUUCGACAGCAACGCGUCUCAGCUUCCUUUCUUGACACAGGAGCCUCAAUCUGUGAAAUCCGAGGAGCCUGCGUUUCCUACGUCUAGCGAUAGUACGAAGCGCGAUAAGACUAAAAAGAAGAAGAAGAAGAAGUCUCCACUGCAGACUGCCGAAGUUGCUGGCGACCAACCAACUGAAGCAGAUCUCGAUGUACCGAACGGCCUUGAAGAUGCAACUACAGAUAUGGAUGCAUUGGAUUUGACACCUGUCCCAUCAACACAAAAGAAGAAGAAAAGAAAGACGUCUGAUUCUGCGGACGGCAAGCGACAUAAAAAAAGGAAAGGCCUUGAGGAUGGCGAUACAACUGCCAGUCAGCAUACACAAGAAGAGACUGAAGAUGCGGAUGCUAGAAACACUGCUACCAGCUUCUUGUUCGCGGAUAAGAAUGCUUCCAGUCAACUCCUUGAUGCUGUCAUCGAGGACGACCAGAUGUCACCUAGCAUUGCUCUUGCUCGCCGGCGGAGCCAGACUCGCUCGAGAGAAAAUAGUGUAUCCAGAGCUCAAGUCGCUCCCAUGGCCCCCAUGGCAAUUGAUAUUUCAGCUCCUGAAGAAGCUCCAAAGAGCCAAGAGGCGGCAACCGAAAACCAUAAAGAGGACCGUGACGUUGAAGACCUUGCGCGAGAAGCAUGGAGAGAACACGUCAACAGCCAAAGCGGAAUUGCUUCUGUCGCGAGCAAAGUGGAACCUGGUUCUCAAGAUCCUGCCGAAACAGAGGAGCAGCCGGAUGCAACGCCGCGAAGGCGCUCUGCAAGAACGAAGAAACCAAAACCCACCUCGCUUUCACAAGCUCUGGAAACAACCGAGACUCCUGCCAAGAAGAACCGCCGAGUUCUUGAAGAGCUCCCGUCUCCCUCUGCCAAUACUCCAAAGCCAAGAGCACGAUCUAAGCGGGCUACACAGAAACCGCGGAAAGUGACGGAAAAGACCUCCGACGACGAUCUUGAAAACGAAGAAUCUGAGAAACCUGUUAGGAGAGCAUCUAAUCUAGGAGAAAACUACACACAAGGGCGAUUUACGGAUGCUGAAUUCGAUGGCAUUAACCAAGCUAUUGAAUCCUUCCGAAACGAAUAUGGACUGACCCAAGUUCAAGUUAAUGAGAUGAUACAGGCUCCAGGAGGCACAACUGCUGGCAGUGACCAUGCGCGCCUUUGGUAUCGACUGUUUGAAGCAUGUCCUGAUCGUAAGAGACAAAAAGUCAUCAAUGUCGCUCGUAAAAAAUUCCAUAAUUUUGUAGCGCGUGGAAAAUGGACUCCAGAACAGGAUGCAGAGCUCUCUGCUCUUAUCGAUGUGAACGGUACUGCAUGGUCGAGGAUCGCUGCCAUCAUUAACCGCCAUCCUGAAGACGUCAGAGAUCGGUAUCGCAACUACAUUGUUUGCGGUGCGAACCAGCGCAGAGACGUUUGGAACGAAGAAGAAGAAGCACGCCUCACUGAGUAUGUUAAGGAAGCAAUGGAGGCCAUUGACGAACUGAGAAGAGAUGCCCCCCAGACUAUUCUGCUGCAGAAAUCGUACGAGGAAUUAAUCGACUGGCAAAAUAUCAGCGAGAAGAUGGAGAGGACACGCAGUCGACUGCAAUGCAUUACAAAGUGGAAAGCCAUGCAGAAUCGCAUUUCCGGAAAGAAGAAGGAGAGGAAGAGCUCCGAGGAUGAGGAUAUUUCUUCUCAGCUUGACCAGGCUCGCCAACAGAUGAUGAGCAUGCGCGAAGAAGAUCAAUAUCGUUUGGUCUUGGCUAUUCAGGGAGCUUCCGUUUUAUCGGACGACCAGAUUCCCUGGGGAAAGCUCCUCGAUAAAAAAUUCCGCAACCAAUGGAGCCGUGGCACCCAAAUACUGUUAUGGGAUCGCCUGAAACAGACUGUUCCAGACUGGGAAACAAUAUCAGUACUGGACGUUGCUCAGUACAUUAUCAACGAGUAUAACCGAACAGGAAGCCUGCCUGAAGUUACAGGUAGUGGCUAUGAUGACGAUGAGCGAGAGAAGGAACUGCUUGGGCACACUCAUCCUCGUACUAAGCCCACUGCUGUGGCGAAAAGUGCAGAGUUUGUCGAGGAUUCUGGUGCUGAGGACGAGCAUCACGAUGACGGGCAACAGAACCAAGAUGACAAGCUUGACAUUACUAUUGAUCCUGCAUUAAUGGGAGAGCCGCCGCUCUCCCCACCAAAGACCACCCCAAAACAGAAGAAGGCUACACGGGUGAGGCCACGGGCGAAGAAGCCAAAGAAGGUGUCCCUUAGCCAGGACCCCAUUGAGGAGAGUGAACCGAUUCUACCGCCAAGCACGAUCGAUGAAGGCGAAGAGUCUAAUCUCGACGAGGCACAAGUUCGGAAAUCGAAGACACCGAGCAAAUUCAAGUCUGUUAACACCACGCUCGAAGAGGACGGUGUCGCUGCUCCUCAAGAAGAGCCUUAUUCAGACAGCAUUAUGGACGACAUGGAAGAUCUACCCGCUAGAGUUCUAGCCUAAUGCGUACCGUGUAUAACUCAGUAAUAAUUGUUUCAAGGAUGAAGAAGAAGAAAAUGUAUGAAUUGGGAGGGCUUUGGGAAUGGUUCGCGAUUGAGUAUCUGCUAUUUUAGGCUAUACGGACCAUUGUGUUAUGGCUGCUGUUAAUGGAAACUUGGAAGCGGCCUGGUUUGAUUUUCUUUUCAUUUCGCUGUCGACGAAGAAAAGAUAGAUCGUCUGCCAGCUUGUAAUCAGACUUGGCGUGCCUAGGCUGCUUAGUGUAAAUGACAAUAUGAAUAAAUUUAUG